UGCCCACGAAGAAUACACCUCAUGCAUCCUCCGAAUUCCCGUGAAAGAAGGUCGCAUUCGAAGGCUGCAUUCGAAGUGUCCUACUCGCUUUAUGAAACGAGACAGCCUCGUUGACUUAUGCGGCCGACAAAUGCGACCUCUGGAGGACGCAGCCUUCCAAACGAGACACAGCCAUAGUUUUGACUCGACGCGACCAGAGAAGCGCAAGAUUCCUGCUACCAGGGUUGUGAAGCAGUUUAAAGAGGCCUUCCUUCUGUUUGAUCGAACAGGAGAUGGGAAGAUCAUGUACAAUCAGUGUGGGGAUGUGAUGCGUGCUCUGGGGCAAAAUCCUGUCAAUGCUGAAGUCCUCAAAGUACUUGGCAACCCCAGUAAUGAAGAUAUGAACAUGAAGAUGCUGGACUUUGAGCAGUUCUUGCCCAUGCUCCAGGCCAUCGCUAAGAACAAGGAUCAGGGUUCAUUUGAGGACUUUGUUGAGGGACUGCGGGUGUUUGACAAAGAGGGAAAUGGAACCGUGAUGGGCGCUGAACUACGGCACGUCCUUACUACACUGGGUGAGAAGAUGACAGAGGAAGAGGUGGAGACUCUUUUGGCAGGACACGAGGAUGCUAAUGGCUGCAUCAGUUAUGAAGCAUUUGUUCACCACAUUAUGGCUGGCUGAAGAGAGGAACUCGUAAGGAUGGUCAUGAGCGGUUGAAGAUUGGAAACAUGUCUGUUUUAUUUUAUUUUGUCCGUCAGCCCACCAUUUAUGUGAUUCAGCAUUUCCAUAUUAGCUUUUUUAAAUGGUUUGUCCCUUAUUUUUUUCCUUAAGUGCCUUUUAUCAUGUUUCAGGAGAAUUAUUGCUGGAAUACCUUCCAUUCAGCCGUUACAUUCCACCUCAUGCCUUCAUGCAGUGUUACUAUUCAACCCUAGUCAUGUCUUAAACUGUGAGGGACAUUUUGAUUGGCUCCAAUUGUGUGUUUUGGUUAACCUCUUGUCAAAAUGGCCAAAAUGUGUGUGUUUGUAAUUCAUUUGACACCCCUUUUAUCAUCUGCUGUUCAUUAACAUAAUAAAUAUUCAGAGACUUCGAAACACUUUUGAUUUGGUUAAUCCUUCUUUAUGUCAGAUUGUAUGAGUGCGUUU